GCAUUUCCGUAAAUAAAAAGCAAAGCAGCAGCUGAGCGACACCAAGCUUUCUCACCAAUGGAAGCUAAAGACGAAACCCUCGCUCUCUUCGACUCCAACUGGUUCUACCGUUCUAUCCUUAGCCGGACCCCGAGGAUUCAACCACAGCCUCCAAAAGAUAAUCUUCCGGCGAUCACUCCAAAUUCUCUUUCGUUGGAGCCCUCUCUCACCACCUCGCACAGUGGGCAUCGCUGUUCACGCUGCGAAGAGCACAUCCUUACCCCGCUUACUUCAAUCCAAUCCCCCAAAUUCCAGACUAUUUACUCCCUAGGUGAAAGCAGAGCGCGGAGAAUGAGUCGAGAUAGGCAUAGACGAGAUUCGAAAAGAAUAAAAAAUUGGGGAAGCAGAAGCUUAUCGGAUCUGGAAUUUGAGGAGCUAAAAGGGUUUAUGGAUCUAGGAUUUACGUUUUCGAAUACAGAGGCUUCGGAUCCGUGGCUGAUUUCCAUUGUGCCUGGUCUACAGCGGCUGAGAACGGCGAAUGGAAGCGAAUUGACGGUUACGGAUUCUUCGUUGGCAUCGGAGAUGUCGGAGGAGAUGGCAGUUACGAGGCCGUAUCUUUCGGAGGUGUGGGAGGUGGAGCGGGAAAGGGAGGAGAGGAGUAGGGUUUUAAGGAACUGGAGGACGCCGGGUGAAGGAGAAGGAAUUGAGCUGAAGGACCAUCUACGGUUCUGGGCCCAAGCGGUGGCUUCCGCCGUUGUUUGAUUGCUAGAUGGGUAAAGUUCGCUGUUUUGCAGAUGUAAAUUUGCAAACUAACCAAGCAAUGGAAAUUCUAUUGUGUUUUAUUAUGGUGUUCUGUUUCAAAAUUAUUUUUCUUGUUCUCAGGAUCAUCAAUCAUCAUUGCUCUCAAGCAAGC